UCUAUCCAGGCGCUGUGGAGUCAGGUGGGCUUGGCUGGGCUCGUUCUCAACAACGCAGUCACCGAUCGGCGGAUAUAACUUCACAACCGAAAAUAAAUGCUACUGUAUGAUCAUUUCCAUCUUCGUUUCUGCUAAGGACGCUUCUAGAAGCACCAAGUGUCCAGCAUGGCCGGCUGUGGAGGUGUGGACUGUCCACUGGACAACACCCCAGCUCCCUCCAAACAAAGAGAAGUGGAGGAUAACUGUGCCCCUGAGUUGCCCAGCUCCACCACCCCUGAGUGUGCCAUCUGCCUGCAGAGCUGCGUCCACCCCGUCCGGCUGCCCUGCUGCCAUGUCUUCUGCUUCCUCUGUGUGAAAGGUGCGUCCUGGCACAGCAAACGCUGCGCUCUCUGUCGGCAGGAAAUCCCCGAGGACUUUCUGGAGAGGCCGGUCCUUCUUUCACCUGAGGAGCUGAAGGCAGCAGCUGCAGGACUGAGUCGAGGCGGAGGGGCGGGCAGCGAGUCCUGCAGAGACUACGCCUGGUAUUAUGAAGGACGCAAUGGCUGGUGGCAGUACGACGAGAGGACCACCCGAGAGCUGGAGGAGGCCUUUGCCAAGGGCAGGAAGAGCACCGAGAUGCUAAUCGCAGGGUUUCUGUAUGUGGCUGAUCUGGAGAAUAUGGUGCAGUACCGCAGAAACGAGCAUGGGCGCAGGCGCAAGAUAAAGAGGGACGUUGUCGAUAUCCCAAAGAAAGGGGUGGCAGGACUGAGGUUGGAACCUGAAGUUGCUCCUGUUUCUACUUUACCUCUCGUUACCUCGGCAGCUUCAGAUCGCAUCAGCUCAGCUGACGGAUCGGACUCCGCCGGUCAGUCACAGUCUUCCUUUGGGCUGCUGCUGUCUCUUCCUCCUGUUAGACCUCAAACACUCCUGGGACGUCAUCUUCCAAGUCCUCUGUCUCUGUCACCUUCGACCCUGGAAGAGUCUUUCUCCCAGCUCUUAAUCGGCCAGCCUGAGGGUGAAGAGGUGGAGGGAGACGACGACCUGGAGAUGUUUGAGAGCGCAUCGGGCAGCAGCGAGAGUGAAGAGGAAAAUGAGUCUGAGAGAGCGGGAGCGGAUGCACUGGCACAGCGAAGACUUCGGCAAAGACCCCUGAGAGAGAGCCAGCCCACCAGAGUCCCUCCGAGGGGCAGGCCGGCAAGUUCUGCCCUCAGUCUGCGCUCUCGAAGUCCUGAUGGUCAAUGCACUGUAACAGAAGUGUGACUGAAGAGAUUUCUGGAUCGCUCCCCAACUCUUAUCAGUUCUGCAAAAAAAAAACAUCUGUAUGCAUUGUUAACGGACCGGCAAAAAAAUACACACUUUUUUUUUUUUUUAAAUGUCUCUGGGCACAUUUUCACUGACCAAUCAGGAGCCAGUGAUGACCUUUACAAUAACUUGACCUAUUUUACACAUUGCUUUUCAGGAAAAAAAAAAAAAAAAAAGCGCCCUCUUUAAUUUUCAGUCAAAUCUACAGGAACCCAAAGCAGAAACACAGAUGACAGCUCACAGCUGUGUCCUCAUUUGUUCAUCUUUCAGUCAACACUUCUGGGAUAAACUCUCUUUGUUGUUGUCUGCCUUUGUGCAGAUAUCACAUACACCAAAUAUUUAGUUUCAUUCAGGAAUAGCCAAAACCGCAGUACCCAAACAAGAGCAUUGAAGCCAUUUAAAGAGACAUUUAUUGUGAGUUUUAAAGCUUUUUGUUCUUAAAUUUAAAAGGUGAUCUGAGCCAGCAACAUGAGGAGUAAUGAGACUCUCUCGACUCUUGCUCAGUGUUGUCCACACUGUCAUUUGCCACUGGUCUCAUAGUUGCUCAGUACAACUUCUUAAUAAUAUAAUCUGUGGCCCGCAAUUCUUUUGUGCUCACGUUUGAUGUGAUUGUUUUCAUUAUUUCUCCUU